CUUACCGUGUAUCCACACGGCGACAGGAUGCUUCACCUCUUGGAGGUUUCGAGAGCAUUCUGACAAACAAAAUUAUGAACUAUCAAUCAAGAGACCUCCGGUCUUGGGUGAGUAUGUACCUACCCGAAAUGGACAUCAGGCUGCAAAUUUCUCUUUAUACACCGGAAGGACCCGAAUUCCCAAUGGACCCAAGAACACCGAUUUCUCUUCCAGGGUCGCCGACAGUUCCAAGAUGUGGGGCUCGCAUAUCCUGCGAGCGCAUCGAACACCUUUCCGGUGCUCAGUCAUAUCAUCAACAAUAACCCUCAACCCGCGUGCAGCGCCAGCUGCAUGACAACAGACUCCCGGCUACUGCUCAGAUUGUUUCUACAUGCAGCUUCCAUGCAUUAGGAUACCCAUCACUCGUCUAUCAACUGCUUCCCAUAUUGGACACCAUGGAUUUAUUUUCAUAUUCAACUACUGCUUGUGGAAUGGCUAUCUCGGAUGACAUUUCGGGGAACUAUCACAGGAAGUAACUGGCUAUUCCGGUCAGUUACGGUGCUCUAUCAAGCAUCAGGCAUCAAUUAUGCCACUGAGUACGUAACCUACUCGAUGUCGACUGCAAGUCUGACAAUAAUCCCCUAUAACACGGUCGAGCAUCAACUAACCUAAAUAUUGUUUUCUUUUGAGCAGAAGGAUUUUACAAUCAUCAAACCACCCAUGGAGACAUCUAUAUCACAAGAACACAAGAAACACCAGCCCGUAUGGAUGCCAAGGAUUUUCCAGGAUAUACCACCUUUUCUCAUUUGUUCAUGUUUAUUGCCCUGGAUGUUCAACCAUUUGCCCUGGAUGCCCUCGAUAUCACUGCCCGGAAUCGACCAUUAAAUGCUCAUGGCGAAUCCCACAUGGUCUGUAGAAUACCCUCUAUACUUUCUAAAGACGAAGACUAACGUAUUACUGCUACAGGACUCUCCGGAUGCUGUUGUCUUGAUUUAUUUGAUUUAUUUUCUAUUUUAUUUUCAAUUGUGGUUAUUUCAAUAGCGUUUGCACAUCACACUAACCUAGAUCUUGUGUAGCGGUUUCCAUUCAAGAGCUCCAUUCCAAGGAACAACCGGAUUUUCUUUACGUCAUACAGAACCUACCCAGGGGCAAUACAGUGGAUUAUCCUGGAACGGAAAAAGUGAGGGUUUACAGUACCCACCCCGUGAUUCUACCUCCCAAGGACCCAGCGGAUUUUCUGAUUCUCUUUACAUACCGGUAGCUCAGAUGAUUAGUCAACGGUGGCCCGCCGAUUUGACUACUGAUCUUGAGUCAGUGGAAAUGACUCGCUUCUCAUCCAAGGAAUCAUCAAGGACAGUCCAAUCAACGACAUCUGAGUCUUUGCCAAUGGGAUACUAUCCCAAUGCCUCUCAGGCACCAUAUCAAAUGUCUUCUGCAAGAUCAGAUGUUAAAGGUAGAUCAGCUAGCCCACCAAAUUCUGUGCUCUAUACCCCAACAGCACAAUUUGAUCUUCAAUCCACAUUCAGCACAUUCCAGUAUCCAGGGGCAGAUGAAUUGGCCGGAAAUGAUUACCAAGUACCGGUCACCAGUGGAUUUCAGCAGCCACCCACUUUGUCAUUGACAACAGGAGGAUUUGACAUGUUCCCUAGUAAUGGAUUGCCAACAAGUAUGACAGCAGCUUCUAGCUCCAUUUCCAGUUAUGUUCACAGCGCGCAAGAGUCUGUUUUCUUCGACAGCCCUACAUUGGGAUCUCCAGAUAUGUGGGAUGCUGCUUUACUUGAAUCUGCAAAACCGCACACACCCGAAGCCGAUGAAUCAUGGACUCUUCCACCACAAAUGAUGUCUUCAAUAAAUAGCCCACCGGAUUACUCCCCGACUGAAGGCCGAUCACCAAGGUAUGUUCAAGGCCUUCCAGAUUUCAUGGAUUCACCUCCUUACAAGACCGGCGACAGGACCAUGAGGAAGCCAAUGGGGCCAAGAGCUUCCAAAGUUGCUAGUGACACCAAUGCCAGACGUGUCCCAGGAACCGAGAUGCCAGAGGAGUCCUUCAAGUUGAUGGGACGUUCCAGUCUCGACGCUGAUAAUUCAGCUCGUGAUCAUCAUUUAUAUCAUAAUGUCACCACCAAAUCUGAUGGAUUAUACCACUGCCCAUGGGAAGGAACUUCAUCAUGCCAACACAAGCCAGAGAAGCUCAAGUGCAAUUACGAGUAGGAUCCAUAUACUACCUCUAAAAAUGUUUAUCAUGCUAACCGUUUUACCCUACAGCAAAUUUGUCGACUCUCACUUGAAGCCAUACCGCUGCAAGAUCGCUGCAUGCGCGGACAACAAAUUUUCAUCCACGGCCUGUUUACUACGCCAUGAAAGAGAAGCCCACGCCAUGCAUGGACAUGGGGAUAAACCAUUCCUUUGCAAGUAUGACGGCUGCGAGCGCGGCGUCGCUGGCAAUGGUUUUCCACGCCGCUGGAACCUUUAUGAUCACAUGAAGCGUGUGCACAGUGACCCAUGCACAUCCAGGAGUGCCGGUGGAUCCCCACCACCUACAGAGAAGCCAGCCACUGGCUCCAAGAAGCGUAAGCAGGAUGCCAUUACAGAGCCAAGUACAUCAGACAAGGAAGCCGUCAAGAGAGUCAAGACACCCCCGGUUGUUAACCAACAACCUUCCUUGAUUGAGAUUUAUCACCAAAGUGAACAGCGACUUCAGGAGGCUGUGAAACAAUUGCAUGAUCCUAAGAGUGCAAAUGGGAUGACCAAUUUGAGAAACGCGAGCGACUGCAUCAAAAUGAUGGCCCAGACUCUUCAAAAAAUCAACCAGGCAGCUCCCGCCAUGAGCCGCACAUGGACUGAAUGAGUUCUUUGAUUAAAAAUAUUGGGGAUUAUUGUAAGUCCACUGAUGCGAUUACUCUCGUCCAUGAGGCAUUCGACUAACGAGUCCUUCAUAGCACAUCUGCAAUACCGGACUUGUCUCCCAGGAUCUCUUUCCAAGGAUGCAACGCAGCGGACCCAGCCCGCUCAGACGAUCCCGUCAGGAACCCAGGACAUCAUAACAUUCGACAGAAUAAAAGUCAUGCAACCAGUCAUGCAUAUAUCUCCCUGAAUUAAAGGCCCAAUCACGGGGUAUGAUUUCUUAUGCCAGUGCCGAGGAUUACCACUGCUCGGAAGCAGACAGUACCAGUCUGUCCUUUUGAACUCCACAAUAGAAUUCCUUAACUCCUGGAUUUUGCAUAUUAUUUUGCAUAUUGUGUGUACUAGAUAGAUGCCAACCUACAAGGCUAGCUUGGCAGUAAGAAGGACCAGGAGAGGGGAGGGUCACCAAGGAAGAAGAAAAAAGGAAGAGAAAAAGGAGUCAAGUUUUUUAUUGUUGGUUUCUGGUUAUGGUUUGCGGAUUAUUUGGUUCAAUGUGACGUGGUUUGGUUACGUUAGGUUAGGUUCGGGAGAUAUGGAUUGGUCUAAAAGCUCUAUAGCAAUCACACAGGCCGGCAGGUACUUCUUGGAAAGAAUUUGGGAGGACAGAUACCAUUGGGAUUGGGGGGGAUGAUUUUUACAUUUAGAUAGAUACCUAGAGUUUAUAACGGGAAGGAUUGGACUGGAUAACAGGAUGGGUUUGGAAUUUAUAUUUUAUAGAGAUUGAUUCUUGUGUGUUGAUGAUAUAACUUGUGAGGUGGAAAUUCCUCAUAUAGCUCUCUCCAUCGUUGUUUUGUAUAAUGU